GGAACGCUGCCAGCGUGACGUAUAAUCUAAUGGACGGUUCUUCAGAAACAGCUCGUCAACCACUUCGGUAGCUUGCUAACCAAGAAAGAAGCCGGAAUAAGUUAUUUAUACGCUUUCGGAGUAUAUUAGCUACUCUGUUUUCGACACACUUCUGUGUCUAAACUUGUUAACCUAUUUAAUAUUACGUUUUUGUAUCAGCUAUAGCAGCUGGCUGGUUUAGUUAACACUCGCCUAGUCGCUAAUGAUAGCUAGCGUUAGCUAUCCCCGACCAUGAGUUCACCCAACAACUCUCCUCCUGUUAAAGAAGAGGGGGUCUGCUGGACGGAGAAAGAGGGUCUGUGGCUGAACAUUGUUGUGAAAGAGGAGAAGGAAGAGGAGGAUUUCACGGUUAAACAAGAAGUAAAGGGUGAGGCUGUUACAGUGAAAGAAGAGGAAGACGCGUUCAGAGUGAAAGAGGAGGAAGAUGUUACAGUAAAAGAAGAGGAGGAUGAGAAAGAGGAGGAUGCAGUUUUUGGAGUGAAAGAGGAGGGGAAGAUGACUGUCACGUUGAAGGAGGAAGAGGGGGAGGUUGGAGAUCUGUUUAACACCAGAGAGAUAUUUAACUAUCAUGGAUCCUCUGGGGAGCCUCAACAACCUUGUGAUGCUGAAGAGGCAGAGAAGAGUCUCUCCGGAUCAGAACAACUCAAUAAACACCUGCAGAGCUCCACAGGGAAGAGAACUCACUGCUGCUCUGACUGUGGGACGAGAUUCACCUCAUCAGGCAUUAAAAUUCAUCAGAGAACACACACAGGAGAGAAAUCUUACAGCUGUGGUCAAUGUGGGAAGAGUUUUGGUCGAUCUUGCCAUCUGACUCAACACCAGAGAACACACACAGGAGAGAAACCUUAUAGCUGUGGUCAAUGUGGGAAGAGUUUUGGUCGAUCUGGAGAGCUGACUCUACACCAGAGAACACACACAGGAGAGAAACCUUACAGCUGUCGCCAAUGUGGGAAGAGUUUUGGUCAAUCUUGCCAUCUGACUCUACACAAGAGAACACACACAGGAGAGAAACCUUAUAGCUGUGAUCAGUGUGACAAGAGAUACUAUGAUAAAAGAUCUCUGAUCAAACAUCAGACAAUGCAUACAUGAAGGAGUUAUUUCAUGAUAUUAAUGUCACAAUGUAGAAUGCUUUAAUGUUAUAUUUUAAGGAAUGAUAUCGAUGAGUGAUGACAAAUAAGUGUUACAUUCCUUUGUUUAGCGACCCCUACAUUUAAAUGCAUCACUCCAAAAUGUAACUGACUGUCUUCUGCAGGUUGUCCUCUAACCAGUGAGGUAAAAGAUAUCUCCCAUUUCCAGGUGUUUUCUUUAGUUGUGUUUGUUUCAACAUCAUGUACAUCCUUAUUUCCCCCCUAAUCGAUAUCAGUGAUUUAUACAUAUUACUUUGUUCUAUAUUAUACAUACAAUACAUAUUAACAAAGGGGUGUACAUUUGGGUUUGAUAUUUCAUAUUUACAAUUCAUGUAACAUUUAGUAAUCAUAUUUAUUUAUGCAAUCAACUGACAAUUUUCGGGUAUAAUUAUAUUGACGUUGUUGCCCUUCUUUUAGAAUAUCAGUGUUAAUUCUCUUUUAGAAUAUCAGGGUUCAGUACAUUUGGCGACUGGGCCCCGAUCCAACAACAUGCCUAUCGAGUGAACCCUGAAAAGAGAGAGAAGCUCCGCGGAAAGUUACUACGGAUAUUGCAGGGUUUUCCUCUUGAAAUCAGACAUGUCCGUGUCAAGGACAACUUGGAUGCUGAAAUUCUCAAAGGUGGGCAGUCAAAAAGAUUUGUCUUGUGCGUUAAGCCAGUGCGUUACCAUGGAUCACAAUUUAUUUUGACUGCAUGUUUUUCCUGUAUUGGAUAUGAGUUUUGUUUGGGCUCGUUCCAAGAGGACGAGAGUUCUAGAAGCUAAUGUAAACUGAACCCAUUCUGUACAAAUGUGCGCAUCCACGACAUUCAAACGAGGCUACAAAAAACUAAUGUGACUGUAGCGACUGUGUUGACUUCAAAAUCUGGGGUGUGAACGUUUCUUUUCAAGCGUUGAUCGACAUGGUAAUAGCCAUCGUGACGUGUCAUGUAAUGUUCAGCAUGCAUAAAGCAACUAUUUCUGUCUUACAAUCUCUCUCCACCUGGUGUAGCACUUCUCUCGUUUAAAAACAAGAUAUGGACAGUGACCGGGGUAAGGGGGUUGGUACCUAGUCAUAUUUUGCGUCGUCCCUGCAAGCGAUCACGACUCUCAAAAAAACUGUUUACUUCUGAAGAUCACUUUAGCACUGUCCUAAAACCCGAUUCAAAUUCGACACAAACCUUCAAAUAGGUAAUGACACAUUAUAUAAACUCUUUAUAGUGUUUUAUGUACAUUUUAGCAGUGAUAAGUUGGACAGAUUGAGUGAAA